AUGAUAAAUCGACUAGAACAAACCGUGAGCGAUAAAGAUUUAAUAAUAAAACUAAUAAAUAAUGAUCUCUACAAGAAUGCAUCAGGAAACCAGAAAAGCGGCGUUGCCGUUGUGACAAAAAUAUCCGGAAAACAACCGAAACAAAACGAGACCCCUAAAAUUGCUCCAAAACAAAUCGAAAAGCCUAAAAUUGUGCCAACUACACCCACAAAUGAAAAACCGAGCGAGAAACCUAAGAUUUCCGGAAUUACAGGAAAUGAAGAAAGGAUUCAAUCAAAAAUAGCAUACAUAGAAGAAAACAGAGAUAUGGUUUAUCCCUCAAACGAAGCCGCCCAAUAUCAGGCGUUUAAACAAAAAUGGGAAGACCUGGCAAAACAUUUAAACGCAAUUGAUGGGCCACAAAAGACGACGAAGCAGUGGAAAAGUGUGUUUAAUGAUUUAAAGUCGAACGCAAAAAAAAAACAAAGAAAACUAAUUGUUGAGCAUACUGGAACUGGUGGAGGUCCAAGUUCUGGCAUAAAACUUUCAGAACUGGAUGAAAGGAUAAUCCAGCUAAUUAACCCAGUGGUUAUUGAAGGGGUCUCUGGUAUUGAUGAAGGUGGAAUUAUUAUAGAAGAGAUUUUUUUAGAGCCAGUAGAAAACAUAAAACUACAUGAGACAGUGCAGAAGUUAGUUUUACAAACUAUCCCCGAAAAGUUGCCUGACGAGAAGCCCACAAUAAUUCAUGGACUUACUACAUCUACUGAAGAUGUUAGACUUGUCAAUAUUUUUUACCUAAGUGAUGAUGUUAGCAGACAGGCCCCAGGAAAGAGAGACACAAAAAGUGUCAAAAAUCCAAUUAUUGUUAAAUAUAUGUUUGAUUUGGACGACAUACUUGUUAAGUACAAGCAGUGGAAAGAUAAUGAGGUCCAAGUUACAGAAGCUUCGCUUUUUUCAGUGAUCAAAACGCUAGAGAGCCAAUUUAAAGUGUUGAAAACACACUGUUUUGUUAAAAGGGUGCAAGAACGGUAUUUUGAUGAACAAAAGGUUCAUCUUGCCGAAGAUAAAGUUCUUGUCGUGCAAAUUGACUUUGCUGAGAACUACUCGAUAGGUAAAAGUUUUCCGUUCGAGUUCGAUGUUAGAGUUCCAUUUUUGGUGCGAGGUCCCGGAGUGGAACCAGGCACCGUUGUGGACGACAUAGUGCUUAACAUAGAUUUGGCUCCAACGUUCUUGGAUAUGGCCGGAGUGGAGGCACCUCCACACAUGGAUGGUAGAUCGGUUUUACCAUUGUUCUUAAAUUAUAAAAGAAAGAAGACCGUUCGAAAGUGGUCUGAUACUUUCCUAAUUGAAAGCUCUGGUCGACGUGAAACACCGCACCUAGACGCAAAACUACGUGCCAUAAAAUAUUCUUCUGCGUUAAACUCAAAAAAUGUCACCACAGAACCACCUAUUGCCACCAACAUAAAUCUAACUGCUGAUGUUACAACUGGUAGCAGUAGUAGUAACUCUAAGUUACCACUUACAACCGAAAAAAUAACGGUAGAUCCUUUACCAAGACUUUACGAAUCAGGCAAACUUAACAAAAAGAGAAACAAAAUUCAAUCGUCUAAAAAGAGACGCAGACUUAAACCAUAUCCUAUUUGA